AUGUACCAUGACCUGAAAGCAUUGUGUUGGUGGCCUGGUAUGAAAAAGGAUGUAGUUGAAUUUGUGGCCAAAUGUUUAACAUGUCAACAAGUUAAAGCAGAGCAUCAAAGACCAGCAGGAUUACUACAGCCACUGAAACUCCCUGAAUGGAAGUGGGAAGAGAUUUCCAUGGAUUUUGUGAGUGGGUUACCUAAGACUACAAAGCAGCAUGACGCCAUUUGGGUAGUUGUGGAUAGGCAUACAAAAUCUGCCCAUUUUCUACCAGUACACAUGACUUACACCAUGGACCAAUUUGCUGAACUUUAUGUGAAUGAGAUUGUGAGAUUACAUGGGGCACUGAAAGCUUACAGAGAGCGAUGGGAACUCAAAAUUGAAGUUCAGUACUGCAUAUCAUCCAGAGACAGAUGGUCUCCACUACAUUGGGAUGAGUUGGGAGAGAACAAACUCCUAGGGCCAGAUGCAGUUCAGCACACCAACGAAGCUAUUCAGAAGAUCAGGGCUAGAAUGAUCACAGCUCAGAGCAGACAGAAAUCUUAUGCAGACCUGAAGCGGAGAGACAUUGAGUUCGAAGAAGACUUGUCAUAUAAUGAACGCCCGGUAAAGAUUCUUGAUCAAAAAGAUAGAAUUUUGAGAAAUAAGACAAUUACCUUGGUGAAAGUCCUAUGGAGAAACAGUGUGGUUGAGGAAGCUACUUGGGAGCUAGAGUCUGAUAUGCGAGAACAAUACCCAGAAUAA